AUGAUGGCUCAAGUUCUUAAGGGACAGCUCAAGCAUAUCAAUGCAAUAGAAGGGAUGAGUGAUGCUAAUGAAGACCCAUCAAGAGAAUGCAUGGGAGAUUUCUCUAAUGAAGCCAAUGAAGAAGAUGUGAACUACAUUGGAAACUAUGGGAACAAGGGAUACAAUCCAAGCUAUCGCCCAAACCCCAACAUGUCUUAUAGAAACCCCAAUGUGGAGAACCCUCAAGACCAAGUGUAUCCUCCAAGGUAUCCACAACAACAAAGACCUCCUUACCAAUCUCAAGGAAGUCAAUUUCAGCCAAGGCAAGGGUAUGAGCAGAGAACAUCAUAUCCACCCAAGGAGCCAUAUGCUUCUUCACCAAAUCAAGCUCCUACANCAAAAAAACGUGAUGGAUGGGAUUAUGGUUUGAAUCUCAACAACAACAACAACAGCUUCAAAAACGAAGCUUGGGGUCACAACAACAACAACAGCUUCAAAAACGAACCUUGGGGUCACAACAACUUCAAAAACGAAGCUUGGGGUCACAACAACUUCAGAAACGAAUCUGCUUGGAGUCAUAGGAACAGCAACAGUUUCAACAACAAGAAGGUUGAGAAUUGGAACUGUAAGGAUCAGGGAAGAGAGAGCAGAGAGUGGAGAAAGAGGAGAGCAGUGCCGCGUGGAGGAGACAGGGUGGAGGAUUGUCGAUGGAGGAAUGGGAGAGGGAGAGGGAGAAGCAGAGGUGGGUUUCAGCAGCAUUCCAAUGGUUGGGGCUGGACUGAGUCCUUCUGA